UCGUUACACGCUCGAGCCUAAAUCCUCCUCUGCCCUGGAAGGGCACUUGGGUCCUCUGACCGGCCUUUGUCCCUCGCCGGAUCAUCCGUCCCUUCUCGCUUCCUCUUCUGAGGAUAAAACUGUGCGCUUGUGGGAUCUACGGGUGCAAUCUGGCUGUGUGAGUGUGAUUCAGCAAGUCGACGAAGCCCUCAGCUGCGCCUUUGGAAAAGGGUCGGGCUUGUUGGCCGUGGGGGUGGGAUGCCAUGUGGAUUUUUUCGAUGCUCGUCAAACGAAGCAGGAAUCUAGAGGAGCAAGUGGAGGAGCACAAGGAGGUAGCAGAGGAAGUGGAGAGAGGCUGGGGCGAUACGCGGACGUCCACACGGACAUGGUGACGAAGGUGGUCUUCCACCCCUCACAAACCACGACAUUGGCGUCAGCCUCAGAGGACGGGCUGGUAUGUUUGUAUGAUACAGGAGUGAGUCAGGCCGAUGAGGCGCUGGCCUGCAUCUUGAACGCGGAGAGCCCUGUCAGGGACAUGACUUUCUUCGGGGCCAAAGGAGACGGGUUGGCGCUCUUGACAGGCAGCGAGGGGACAAGUGUGUGGCACUGGCCCUCAGCUUUAAGGGCGUUAGAUGUGGAAGAUUUACGACAAAGUGCUGGAAGUUUUAAUCGAGAAAAGGCAUUGUUCUCGAUCCAGUACCAUUAUGACCAGGGAACGGACCGUCUCAGGCUGGCCUUGAGUGAUGUGGAGGGAUCCGUCACUGUCGUGGAGGUACAGCCUGGGGGAGAGAUGCACCCUCUUCUCCGGCUUGAAAGCGGACAUAAGUGCUUGGUGCGUGCUGUUGAUUCUCACAACGGCACCUGGGUUACGGGAGGGGAGGACGCGCGUCUCUGUCUGUGGAAUGAGAAGGAACAGGAGGGGCAGGUCAACCAAAGCACCGCAUUCGACCGCAAGCAAAAGAAAGGCAAAAAAUUUGCCCCUCAUUUCCAGCCAUAUUGAGCCAAGAGAAGGGACAAUCUCAGAAAGCAUACAAUACACACGAAUCAAAAGGCUUUCUUCCCAAGUUGUAGCAGCUCCUUCGAGGGAGGGGAUCGGAUCGAUCGAUCCGAUACACCGCUGAUAGCUAUCCUUGGAGCGUAUGCACCUUUGCCAGACUUUUGGGCGUCUCUAUUGCUCUUGUACAACGCAUUCGUUAUAAGUGGUUUCUAUGAAUAGGGCUUUAAAUUUA